AUACUGUAGCCUACGUCCGCUAAAAUACAGGUUUAAAAAUGAAUUUUAAAGUCCGCGCUGCAAGAAAAGAGGAUUGUAAGGAAAUAUCUAGAAUGAUUAUGGAGUUGGCUGUGUAUGAGAAAAUGCCAGACCAGGUGAAGACUUCUCAUGAAGAGUUGGAGCGUGAUGGGUUCUCUCCAAACCCCUUCUAUGAGUGCCUGAUCGCUGAAGUGCCAGAUGAACACAGGACCAAAGAUGGGUACACCGUUGUUGGAUACGCCCUUUACUUCUACACCUACAGCACAUGGAAAGGGCGGUCAGUGUACAUGGAGGACCUCUAUGUAAUGCCUGACUUUAGAGGAAAAGGCAUCGGAAAGGGACUGAUGGCCAAAGUAGCUCAGGUAGGGGUGGAGAAGCAGUGUGUGCGGCUGCAGUUAUCUGUCCUAGAAUGGAACAAACCAUCACUAGAUUUCUACAUUGCCAAGGGUGCCGAGGACCUGACUGCCAAAGAAGGUUGGCACUUCUUACGGUUUGAUGGACAAACCCUGGACACAUUAGCUAAGGAAGCACCUAAAGAUUAGAGCAUUUUAUAGGCCUGGGUCUAGUUUACCUCCGCCCAUAACAUCACACAGUGGGCAGGUUCAUUUUGCAUUGGUGGGUGGAAAUUUCACUUUUCACUUUAGGACUAAUGGAAACUCCGCUCAGCCGGAGCCCCGGGCGAUGCAAAACAAACUCCCAGUCCUUCUUUAUGUUUAAUGUGCAUUUAAAUAUAGUCAAACAUUAUUACAUUUAUUUAUAUAUAUAUAUAAAUAUAUAUAAAUAUAAAUAUAUAAAUAAGUUUGGACACACCUACUCAUUCAAGCUGUCAUCAAGGCAAACGGUGAAUACUUCAAAUUUAUUUUGAUUUGUUUAACACUUUUUUGGUUACUCCAUAAUGUGUUAUUUCAUAGUUUUGAUGUCUUCACUAUUA